CAAAGGCAAUAUACAUAGAAAGCAAAUCUCAAGAUUGCACCCCCCCAAAGACAAAAAAAAAAAAAAGGCGCAGUAGUGUCCAACAUCUCUCUCCCUUCUUCACUUUUCUUUAUCCUUACUCAUUCCAUGAACACUUGUCAUCAUUUUAGGACACCCCCGAGCUCAAAACCUCAAAGAACUCACCCAUCACUCCAUUACUCUUUACUACCCAUAUCUUCUUUUUCUUUUUGCAUCAUAUAAUGUUCUUUUUUCUGUAAAAGAACUGCUUGCUUCAAGCAAUGUUAAUGUUGAUUACAGGUUGAUAGUCACACUUAAAGAUUCUUGUUUCAUUUGUCGUUAGUGAUUUCCAUAUUUUCUUUUUCUUUUUUUGGUAUCAUAAUCUUGAAAAGAAAAUUCAAUUCUGGGUUGUGUUGUUAGCAUAGAGAAUGUUUUAAAUUGGUGAAUCGUAACCUAGGAGGAAAUUAAGCUGCUGAAGUUCUUGAAUAUUACAAAGUGUGAUGGAGGAAUGCAAGUUAAAUUUCAAUGCACCACUUUUAUCAGUGAGGCGCUUUUCUUCAACAUCUGUUUUUUCAGCUAGAGAUAAGCAGAAGAUAGUUGAGAAUUCUCCUUCCACAAGGGCACAUACUCUCCCCUCGGAAGUGAGUUGGGAUCAGGUAACAGAAGCGGUUGCAGUUCCUUUUGUAUGGGAGCAGUUCCCUGGGAAAGCAAAAGGUGGCAUCCGGCACGAGUUUCAGCCUAAUCAGGAAGCUUUGGGCACUCCUAGACUUCCGCCAGAGAGGGUUUUGGAUCUCAUAAAGUCUCCUGUGGAGAGUGAGUUUGAAAAUCAGUAUGUGUUGAGGCCCCAAUAUUCUAUGAAUGAUAAUGUGACAAAAUCAAACUGUUUAAAUGAGAAAAUCUCAGGGUUGGAGAAAGAAGAUGCUGUUUAUUUGAAUGCACUUGAUACGUUGUCCCCAAAAGAUUCAUUCUCAAUGAAUUGUAGUGUAAGUGGAUCAGUUGCAAGACCGUCAGGAACAUUUUCUACAGAUCCCCAACAGAUGAGUCAUUUUUUAUCUGCUGCCAAGGCAAUGAUUCUGAAGACACCUCGAUCUUCAAGGAAGCAAUGUACGGCACCUGAACAACGUAGAGAGCUAAGGGAAGUGGCUGUUGGGGGCAGGAAACCUGUUAAUAGUUAUGAAUUAGCUAUCAUUCCACAUUAUAAUCAUGAGGCACAUGAAGAGAAAAAAGAAGACUACAAUAUGUACAAGGAUUCCCGUAAUUUAUCAAGAGCAGCUGGUGGAUUGUUAGCUCGGUUAUGCUUUAUGAACUUUAUGUGCCUCUUAAAUCCUGUGGCUGGAUUAAAAGUUAGGACUCGCUCCUCGCUGGCUUCUACUUGUGAGGUUGCAAAACCAGGAAAAACUACCUUCAUCAAGUCUCAGAGCCAAAUUGUUGACAAGCACGAUUGGGCUAUUGCUUGUAACAACAAAUCGGAUGGUGGAGUUCAAUCCUCCAGGUUCCCAGAGAACAAAUCAGAUGCCGGAGUUCAAUCCCAUAGGUUUCCUAGAUGGGAUCAAUGUAGCAACUCAAAUGACCUGCAAAUGGUAACUUGGUUACCCCACAAGAGGCUUCCAGGUAGUGCUCGUAUUCCUUCCUAUCGUAGAGAGAGACCUCAAUCUCCCUUUAGUGGAGGAGGCUUUCUUGGUUUGCCCAAAGACGCUGAGAAAUUCGAAACAAAUAUGUUGGUUAAGUAUACAGGUAGCAAUAACUACUCCCAGGAAUUAGUACCCUAUCAAAGCAGCAAACGAGGGUCAUGUUCAUUGAGCCCUGCAGAUGAGAAAACACUGUGUCUCUAUGUAGAUACGGUAAAAAUUGGGAGUUCAAUUUCCAAUUCCUCAAAUACUAAAACCCCAAUGGACUCUACGGGAAAACAUUCUGAUACCAUAGUAAUGAAUAGAAUGCUGGAAGAAGCCGCUAGUGUAGAAUCUUGUCUUCAAGACAUAAAAGGCCCCAACCUUUUGGACAUAAAGGGCGUAUCAGGAAAUGAAAUCACAGGGCCAGUGAAUUCCAGCCGCUCUUCUUUCUCCGACAAAUCAAAUCUCAGAGGUCAAGCUGAUCAAGGAGAAGCUAAGGGUGGCUCUGCUGAUUACACUCCUCUUCCUGUUCCUCUACCGAAAGCACCAUCGGAGUCCUGGCUUUCGCGUGCACUGCCUGCAGUUGCAUCAAGAAAUUCAUUUCCAAAGUCUUACAAUGGCACUGGUUUUAAUUAUCCCAAAAAACAGGAACCUAAGAUACCUGCAACUGAUACCAAGUGGGAAACAAUUGUCAAAACUUCUUACUUGCAUCCGCUAUUCUGAGGAAUUAGUAACUCACCUUUCUGAGCAAUCCAAAACUUAAAAAUAAAGAGGGCUGCAUUCAAAUACUUGCACUCAACAUGGUCAGAGCUGGUUAAGAUUUUGCAGCAGCCUACCAUUUUCGUUUUCAUCUUUCCUCCAGGAUCUUUUUUUUAACUUCAAUUUGUUAGACCUUGUUAUUGUAUAAGUUUGGAAGUGGUUCGUUUCUGUUUUCCUACAUCAGCCAUCAGUGAAUCAAAGUCGAUCCAAAUCUUUGUAACGUCCACGAUUUGAUCUCGAAUAGCAUAAGGAAUUUGACUAGAAAA